AGAUCACUCGGAUGGCGAGGAAGACUCAGAUAGCGACAUAGGACCACUGAAUGUUGGCCUCACCAUGUCAAGUCCAUUUUUGCCCGUCUCACCGGCCAACACGGCAAGCUCGACGUUUCCAAGCUCACCCACUUUUGGUCAAACUUCCAAUGCUUCGUCUUCCUCUGCAUCGACAUUGACUGGUAUAACGCGAUCAAGGACACUAUUCUACUUGUCGAUUCGGGACAGCUCCAUCACACCGCGUAGAGGCCCAAAGAGGAGUCCAGAGGGUCAGUAUGGGAAUCGCAUGGAUGCAACAGACGAGGAGGAAGGGCUACUGGGAGCUAGGGACACCAAAGGUCUGCCACCGAAGUGGGUAGAUACGAGAGAUGAGAUUGAGGAGACUCUUGAACGUAUACCUAUGAAGAUAAAUGCUCUUGAAAAGUUGCACGCCAAACAUGCUCUUCCAGGAUUUACAGACAGGUCAGCAGAGGAGCGAGAGAUAGAGAGGCAGACGACAGACAUCACAAGAGACCUGAGGCGCUGUACGAAACUCAUUGGGACCAUACGACCUCUGAAGAAUGCCUCCAACGUGGAGACCACGACGGCAAAGAAUGUUCAGCGAGGUCUAGCACAGCGAAUACAGGAUCUUUCUGGACAAUUUAGGAAGAAACAACGGAUAUACAUGAAGAAGCUGCAAGGCCACGCGAUCAAAAACAAGGAUCUCCUCGUGGCUAGUGGAGCUAUCAGUCUGCGAGGAUCAGACAUGAUCGAUGAUCUGCAGGAAGAUGAGCAUGCGAGCAAAACCCAGCUCCAGUCUGAAGCUCAAGUCGCUAUGGAUGUGGAUUUAGAUCAACGCACCAACGAGAUCACUCAGAUCGCAUCCUCGAUCUCUGAGCUCGCGGAUCUUUUUCGGGAUUUGGGCAAUCUCGUAGUGGAACAAGGCACGGUCUUGGACAGCGUGGAGUACAAUGUUCAGCAGACGGUCACUGAACUUAAGGGUGCCGAAGAAGAGCUGGUCGUCGCUCAGAGAUACCAAGCGAACACUGGACGUCGGAAAUGUAUCCUUCUCCUCAUCCUCAUUAUCGUCGGCUUGAUCAUCAUCCUCAUUUACAAACCCCGAGGAGGACCCGAUCCCGUAGUCCCUCCGCCUAUCGAGCCCCCGAGUCGAUUUGCGAAUCCACCAGCCGAUGAGCAAUCGGAUCAUGUUAUCAUCAAUCGGCCCGGAAAGUUUCCUCUUCGCCCACCGAAUGGAGACCAAGUGAUUAAUGAUGGUCGGGUCAGGUCAAGAUUGUUCAGGACCUAUUGAGUGCAAUGAGAUCGGUAGAUCUCUACGAAUACAACACA